AUAAAAAGGCUCUGGUGUGAGUGAUUCAUCUUCAAACAAAAACAGACGUUACUGAAAGACCUGCAAGAAAAUUUUGUCUAUUAUAGGAAGCAACAACCUGAUAAACCAAGAAAUGUUCAAAUUUGCCAUUUUUACUCGCAUAAUAUUGCCUUAAAAGUAGAGAGGGCCUUGAUGAUAAGUAGUUUUGGUAAAUUCAAGCUGGUGACAUCAUACUCCGAGUUAGACGACAACACAACUAGACAAGAACCGGAUGGAAGUGAAAUAUGUGUCACCAAAGGAGCCCGAAGGGACGAAGGCUGCUAACGUGUUGCUAGUUGGUGGUAAGUUUGCUUCAAAAUGCAAAUUAUCUUCGAUUAAUUAUAAAUAGUGCAGUACAUAUAUAAACAAACUUACGUUGGUUUCAGAAAUAAUUUAUCAGUUUUAUUGUGAUUUUUAAAAAAUAGUUAUUAUAACAAUCAUUCCACUUCAUGUUAUAACAGCAUGGAGGCUGUUUGUUGGAACUUGAUAUAGUUUUCUUCAUAAACUUUACCUGGUUUUAAUUAAACUUAGUAUGCCAAAGACACUUUGAUAUUGUGUGGCUGUUAUAACUCGUUCAUCAUUGUUUUUAUCUUCAACAUAUUUUUGCAGUUUAAAUAAAUAAAGAUGAAAGAGGAAGUCGGUGAACAAGAAUUAGAAAGCCUGAAGACUUUCCUGUCUCAGAAGAGGCUCUGGCUCCACCAGAUCACCAACCAGUUCUGAUGAUGUCACAUACAUAAGUGAAUCCACAACGUCUUAAAAUUGUUUCUGUAAAGCGCAGUGGUCCAGUGAAUAGGAAUCUUCUGUCGUUGAUCCUCACUGUUCUUAGGACGGAGAAAUGUCAGUUUGUCUGGAAUAAUACUGGAAUACUGUGACAUUGUAUUAAAAUAAUACUCUAUCCUUGGUGAAAUAUAUUUCACAUUUCCUCUAAAGUGUAUCUAUUGUUUUAUUGUGCUGAUUUUCAUAAGCAUGUUGUCUGUAAACUUUAAAUGUAUUGACAAUUUGUACAAUUCUGUGAUAGCAUAUUGGCAAUGUAUUCUUGAAAAAUGUGAGGAAGACUUUAUUUGACAGGGUGUGCAUAAGACUGACAUGAUACUGUCAUAAACAUAACACCUGUUAGGAACAUACUAAUAGGUGUUAUGAAGUGUUAUUCGGUAAAUAAUGACACUUCUAAUGAGAAGUUGCUUUAAAAGUUGGAUGACAGUGUUAUGUCAGACCUAUGCACACCUCAUCAAACAAAGUGUGACCAAAAUGGUUAUAUAUUGAAAGCACAAUGUAAUUAGUUUCACUUGUAAAGUGUGUUGUAAUUGAUCCUGAUGUGUUUGCAGUGCUGCAGUGUGUAUGAAGCAUGUAAUGUACAAAGUGGCAAAGCAGAAUAAUAAAAUACAUUAAGUAUCUAAAAAGUGUACUUCAUCAGCAAUUAUAAUAAAACAAAAGUGUAAUUGUAGCAUACUGUAAUCACAUUACUAAUGCAUAAAAUAUGUAAUGCCGAUAUACUUAAAAUACAUUCUAAGUAUAUUUUAAAUGUAAUUGAAUAACAAAAAUAGUACACUCAAAAUAUACUAAACAUGCACGUUUAUAUUACAUAAAAAGCAAUACACUUAAAGUACACUAAGUUUAACUUAAGUUGUCCAAAAACGUUUGUUGAAGUACACUUAGUACACUUUAAAUUGUGCUUUAGUACAAUUUAAAUACGAUUAAAAUACACUAAGCUCAAAAUUAGUUGUUCCAAAAUGUCACACUUUAAGUUAACUAAUUCUAAGUGAACUUGAAGUAUACUCAUGAUUAAUCUGACUUAAAGUAUGCUAUGUAUGUAUGUUAAAAUUUAACAUACUUAGUAGCCUAUAUUUAUUUCUCACCAGGGUGAAGAACAUUAAUUCAUUUAUGUCAAUAAAACUUUUUAAUCACUGUUUUUCUCUGAUUGAAAUGUGCAUAUGUCCUCACCGACGAUUUCCAGCCAAUUUGUGUUAAAAAUAUUUGAAUGUACUGUAGAUCCCUGACUGCUCAGAACGUUUAAGUCAAAAAGUAAAUGUCAUUUACAGAAAUAUUCUAAGACAGUUAAAUUCUGUAAUAUUUCUGCAUUUGGGGAAUCCAAAUUAUAUAGUAUUGUCCAAAACAUUUACAUGCAUUAAUGAAGUUCAUCAAUGAUUUUCAUUGGGAAACAGCAGCUGAUGAGGAAUAUAAUAACAAUAGGUAUUUGUGAAUGACUUUCAUCUCUAUAACAACUAAUUUUACUUGCUAUCAAAGUUAACACAGCCUUGACUUAUCAAUAAAACGUGUUUAAUUUUAUUGGUGAAUUCUUAAACCUCCCAUUUGUUUCAAAAAGCUGUACUAGGAAAUGCAUGUUUUCUAUUUUUUGACAGAAAAUAAACAUUGGAAAUUUAACUCAUUAGAAAAGAUCAGAAGAAAUAAAAUCUUGUCCAGUCAUUUGUGUCUUAAACUAAAUAAAGCAAGCCUAAUUUGCUAAGUAAAGUCACUAAAUUAUGCCACAUUUGCAGAUUUAAAGGUCUAUUUAAUUCUCAGGAGCCUUUUUGAUUGCUUAUUAAAAAUCUAAACCAUAAUUUUAAUCUUUGUCUUAAGUUAAAAGAAGAGGAAUUAAAGAACGGGUAGAAAGGAGAAAAUAGUCAACAGUCUCAUUCUUUGCGAGGUUCUGCUCUAUCUUGGCCCAGUUUUCCUCAGUGCUAUGAGAAAGAGAAGUUCAUUUGUCAAGUGUGAAUGCCUAAAAGUUUAGGUAGGUAUUGUUGAUAUUGAAAAAAUGAUAAAUCAAACUACAAUCAGCUAAUCAAAGCAGUACUGAUCUGCAGCAGAAGUUCAUUCUUCUCAGUAAAAGACACAAUGGGGCUUUUCCAGUCAGCUUCAUUUUGAACUUAUUAUCCUUCUUGCUCUGUGCAUGAUUUAUGAAUCCCAUCUGUGUGGUAAUCAUGCUUUCAUGAUUGCUUUUUUUUCCUCUGAUUUUUCCUGCAAUCAGAGGGAGAGAAAAGCAAUUAUAAAUAAAAAAUGAAAGUAUAUUAUAAAAAAAAUUGUGUAAAAAGUAUUUCAACCCUUUUUUGAGAAAUUGCAUGAUUUGAGAAGUUCUUUAAGAUCAGUGAAAAAUAAUAUAGAAAUUAAUAACAAUGAACAUUUACUUUUCUUAUUACUGUUUAGGCUAAUUAGAAAAAAACUGACAGCCAUAAAAAAAUGCACUCCUCUCGUUCAGCCAGCAGGUGUCUCUCUUUUCCAGCUUUAUUCUCAUAGUUACUGUAGUUUGAAGUUGCCAAGUGUUCAUUGUGAAUCUCUGCUACAGUGUGUGUCUACGAAGGUGAGUUUAGCUUCUCAAAGUUUCCGAAACUGAUGAAUAAAAUUUUCUGUAUUUAAAUAUUCUACUUGUUUUUAAGCUUUCUUGUAAUUUCACUUUUGAUAGAAAAUAAAUUAUGAAACUGGACUAAAUUUAUUAUUUUGCCAAGUGACAAUGAAAAAGUUCACCAAUAGUAUCUACCUAAAUCUUACUGCAUGUUUCUUCUUUGUGAAAGGAACGCCGUAAAUCCCAGCCCAGUGUUGGACAUAACGGAGAAAAAUGUCCUCUGAUAGUGGAUGUUUCAUUAGGAGAAUAGAGCCUAUAGAUAAGCAAUUAUUUCUUGGACACAUGUUCUGUGUUGCCUCAGUUGUGCCCUGAACAUGGUGGGAGAACAAGUUGCCCAUUCAUGGCAUGUGGCACUCAGGACCAUCUCUGAAUAUGUGACUUGGCAUGAAGACCAAACAGGUGAAACCGGUUUCAUUUCUUAUACUGUUAUUCCUCAUGGCCAUCAUUUCAUUUAUCAGUGAAAAAUGAUCAUUUCAUUUAUCCAGUCUUUUUGUUUAGACUUGUAGAACCAAAAAAUAUUCUAUAGUUCUUUGAGGGAAAAAAUCAAUCAAUUUAUUUCUAAUAUAAAUGGGAUGAUGGUGAUUUAAAAAAGUAAGAAAACAAAUUAAUUUAUUUCCUUUUAACAGGUUGAUUUUAAAUUAUGAAACAGUUAUAAUCAAAAACACUAAAACAGACAUCUGAAAUGGGAAAUAGAUAAAACAGGACAAAAGGUCCAUUCAGCUGCUAGUUUGGUCCAGGAAUUCUGUCGGUCAGACUUGCUUUCACACAGAGCUUUGAAGGGGUCAAAGUGCUGAGCAAAAUUUGACCUCAAAAUGUGGCCUUCUAGUUUUCCUGAUAGGGAGGAGGGAUAGUAGCAGACCGACUCACUGAGGACAAUAUGUCAGGACACCGAUGUUUCAUGUGCCCAGCCUGGUGACAUAGGAAACACCUUGGUAGAGGUGCUUUUGUUGCUUCAUAGGAGGGAACAGUGGUCAGGAUCCAAACGGGACAGCUCCAACCACAAUCAGAAUGAAUAACACGUGCAAGCACUGAACUCGGAUUAAACCCAGGAAAACAUUCAGAAACAGUUUCACCGACAAAUAUAACCCUUUAGAUUAAAAAAAAAGAAAGAAAAACAACAAAGAAACGGUAGACGUUUAGCUCUGGGAAGUGUGCAGUAGAAGUCAGUGAGUAUAUGAUGUCACUGAAGUGUUGUUUGAGAAUAGCAUAAAUUGCUUCAGGCUGCUUUUCAACACUGAGCUGCAUAUGUCUAUUUUCACUACAGCUCUGGCUCUUCCUCACCAGGCUGAUCUGUAAUACUAACAUUCUUCUUUUUCAAAUACAUUGACAUCAUGCUUGACCCAUUCAAGAACAGAGCAUUUGUCAGUAACUUAAAAUAGUUGGGUUUUUUUUGGCAUCACCAUGGUGAGUUGUGUGAGGUCUAUUGCAGUGCCACAAAUUUAGUGCACAUUGUAUUCUCUGCACUGGUUAGUUUAUCUGCCUGUAACCUUUCUGUGACUGAAUUUUCUAUCUUUCUACAGGGGAAGAGGUCUGAGGAGUUUGAACGCUGUGAUCAACAAACAAAUCAGCCCCACCCUCAUGAAUGUUACUAGGAAUUUCCCUGCUAUAACCUGGAGAAACCAAAAAACUUAGGCGAGGCGGUGAUGUUGUGGAUUACAUUGUUCCUCUACCAAAACUCACCCUAGGACGUGUCAUGCCUACUUAAAUAUUAAUUUAGUAAAAAAAGAUCAACUAUAUUCACAAUGCAAAAUAAAAAAAUGCUGUCAAGAAAAAAAACUGUUAACAAUAACUGAUAAGACUUUUAAACAUCACCUCCAAAAAUAACACUCACUGUAAAAUAUGUACAAAAAACCUCACUUAUAUAUAUAUAUAUAUAUAUAUAUAUAUAUAUAUAUAUAUAUAAGUGAGGGUUUUUUCUGGAGCUAGUGGCUGCAGACUCUGUUGCUCUGUUGCUCUGCUUUGCUUCCCUCUGAUCUGAAGGAGGUGCUUCUUCUCUUUUACUUUUGGAUCAGAGACGCUUGGCCUAAUUGGACAUCGUCAUUCUGGGUUUGAGAGUGUCACGAGCAGUGAUUGGCCGUCCUGGAUGUUGGCGAUGCACUGGCGGAUGGUGAGUGUGGAGAUCUGCCGUGCAGACUUAAGAAAAGAAUGGUGAAAAUCCGUCAGUGUGUCAGAGCUGUGCGUAAUAGCAAGCACAGUCAAUCUUUGGGUCACUGACGCGCGCUGGACGUCUUUUAGGCAGGUUGAAUAUCCACGUUUUCACCAUGUCUUUAAACAAAAAUAUAAAUAUCAUGUUGUAAUUCUCUCUGUUGACAUAUUUGGACACAGAUGUAUUUUUAUAAGUGUAGGAGGAACACACUUUUAUCAGAGGCAUUGAUGGAAGAACAGCGGGACCUAAACAGCCCGGACAGCAGCGAGGGAGAAAGCGGUUCCCCUCUGCAGGCCGGCCCACAGAACCACAGAACAACAAACUUCUUCAUUGACAACAUUUUACGGCCGGAUUUCGGAUGCAAGAGGGAAUUCGAUCUGAGUCCGAGAGAGAAGGCACAGAGCUCUGGUCUGGAGCGGCUUCACCCGGUUCUUGGUAGACCGUUUUCCAGGACACCGGGCCUGGACUCCAGCUGCAGCAGCGACAGCACCGUUUCUGCGGCCAGUACCACGAAGUGCAGCAGCGAGAGACUGACAGCCACCGCGGGCUCUGACGAGACCAGCGAAGGGUUAAAAUACGAGGAGAAGGACGAGGAACAUUCUGCCUCCUCGCUGGUGGUGAUGAACGGGACCGGAACCGGGACCGGGACCCCCGCACCGGAGGGCCAGGCCCUGCUCUGGCCCGCUUGGGUCUACUGUACCCGGUACUCUGACAGGCCUUCUUCUGGCCCAAGGACGCGGAAAUUGAAAAAAUGUAAAAGCUGCAAAGAAGACAAGCGGCCGCGCACGGCCUUCACUGCAGAGCAGCUCCAGAGGCUGAAGAGCGAGUUCCAGGUGAGCCGCUACAUCACGGAGCAGCGGCGGCUGUCUUUGGCCCGGGAGCUGAACCUCAACGAGUCUCAGAUCAAAAUCUGGUUUCAGAACAAAAGGGCCAAGAUUAAAAAGGCCAGUGGCUUUAAGAACGGGUUGGCGCUGCAGCUGAUGGCCCAGGGACUCUACAACCAUUCAACCACAACCACACAGCAGGACAAAGAGGACAGCGACUGAGAGCUGAGCUGGACCCGAACACCGCAUCCCGGGUCAGUGGGAGGGUCCAAGUGUUGGCUGCAGAGUGAAACCAGCUACUCGUCCAGUUCAGUUACUUUUCUCAACUGGACCGAUAAAGAGGAAACAAAAGACUACCAAAGAUUUUCAACGGAAAGCUGAACGAUCAAUCAAAGUUGGAUAUUCAACUUCAGGUUCUGCCGAAACCAGGACAAUAAUACGACCACUAGUACUACCACUAGUACUACUACUGCUCCUCAAAUUGUCCACCACGGAGCAACAACAGCGGAUGUUUGGAAAAUUUAGACUCACAUUCCUUCAGCUAUAGGAGCCGCGGGUCUCCAGAUGUGAAGUUUGUCUGCUGCGCUUCGCCACACAGUUCUGAUUGUUGGUAAAUGAAAAAACGUAAAGUUCUGAUUAGCCCAACAAAUUUCUUCCAAGUGUAAAUGCAACGAUGAACUGCUGAAUAAAUAAGCUAAAAGAACGGCAUUA